AGGUGUGUGGGUGCUGCCUGCGGCAGAGCCGCUCAGCCCUCUUCUGCCGGCCCAUGGAAGCGGCCGCGUCCCCAUCGCCCGCGGAUGAGCUGGAGCUCUCAGCGCUCGAGGCGCAGCCAGACGAGCAGACGCCUCUCAAUGGAGCGGUCAGGGUCGUCCCCGCUUCGGGGGAGCAGGCUCGCCCGGUGCAGGCUAAGAAGGAAAACCCCUGGAGCUCCUGCAACAGGACUGUGGUGGGAAAGUGUAAACUGUGGAUGGUCAUCACCUCCGUUUUCCUGGGGCUCAUUGUAGUGAUCAUCCUCAGCUUGUGUCUUGUUGGAGUAACAUACAUCGAUGAAGAUGAGAGUGAAUAUCUUGUAUUAUCAUCAAACAAAACUUUCUUCAUCAUGCUGAAGAUUCCAGAGGAGUGCAUGACAGAACAAUUGCCUGAUCUGCUCACUAGAAGGCUCACUGAUUUGUAUAGUACUUCACCAUCUCUGCAUCGUUAUUUUACUUCGGUUAAAAUGACAGAUUUCAGUGGUGAAAAUGCCACGGUGACUUAUCACUUGCAAUUUGGGGUUCCCUCUGAAGAUGAUGACUUCAUGAAGUAUAUGAUGAGUGAGGAGUUGGUGCUGGGCAUUUUGAUGCAGAAUUUUCAUGAUCAAAACGUACCUGGUUGUGAGAGUCUGGGCCUUGAUCCCACAUCCCUCCUGCUUUAUGAAUGAAGUGCCAUUGAGUUUUGGAGAUGAAGAGAAUCCGUUCUGAUGUGGAUUAAUGUAGACGAGCCCGGCAAAUGACCAGAGGGAUAAGGACUGUCUUUUCUGUCUCUGUAUGCUUACAAGGUCUGGCUCCACAUCCAGCAUACCAACUCCAAGUGCUGCCCCUGGUAGGGCACUCGCUCCAGUCUUGACAAAGCAUGAAAUCAGAGAGGGGCUGGAGAGUUGAUGGGACAGGAAGAUGGACCCCAGAGUUUGAAGCUGGUAUUCUCCAAGCAAUGGCUGCCUCCACCCACAUGUGGAUACUUUCUUAUAAUGCAGGGAUGAUGCACUGCCUCCUUUCAUGGAAGAUCUACUAGCCUGUGCUGGUGGAGCUGGUGGUGCAGGGAGUGGCAGGUGGCCAAAGUGA